AGUGGUAGAAUCAUAGAGACAGAAAGAAAAAAAAACUCCAAAACCUGGAAAAUGAAAGCAAGACAACUGGAGUAAACCCCUAAUAUAUAAACACUUCACACCAACACAGCACCAUGAAACAACUGCUUUGCUCUGUACUUCAACAAGAUGACUCUUUGGUGGCAGGCUCUUAUCCUCUGCUUCUCUCUGAGCUGUGUCCACUGUCUCCCAUCUGCUGUUCUCCACAACAAAUACAUCACUUCUUAUCGACUCGCACAAGUCACAAGAUGUAGAGUCCAGCAGCUGCUAAUGAGAUAUAAAGAAGAACAGUUGGGAACCAAAGACUACGAGAACAGGAGUGAGCAUUUGAAAGACCUGCCAUCACUCUCUACUGAUUUCUACCACUGGCUAAAACUGACAGAUGAGGAGCGACUGGGAGCAGCUCUCUCAGACACGCAGGCCUUCUGGAGCAUGCUGCAGUGGAAGAGGGAGCAGAUUAGAUCUGAAGACAAACACAGCACUUUGCCUCAGAGCUUUCAACACAUCGAGUGUGACAUUCGGGAUCUCAUAACAAAAAUCAACAAGCAGAUGAACUACACUGGCUGCACUUCUACGAGACCACACACUACCAGAGGGCACAGAGCUGUUGUCCGUAGCAACAAUCAUACACAAUGGGACAGUCGAGUGGAGGGGUACAUCAUCCUGAGAGAUCUAGACCUGUACCUCACCAAACUUGCCCGGGACUUUCUCCUCCUGGCAACCAAAACAACUCCAACUCAAAGACAAACAGAAAAAGGCAUCAUGAAGUCUUAAGGGGGACAACCUUGACUAAUUAUAGAGAGGAUUAUAUGGGGUAUUUCCUAAGGUUUCAGUCAUAUUUAAAAAAAAACUGAGAGAACAUUCCAACUUGUUGUGUUAAAAGCACUGAACUUUCCAGAAUGUAUUUUGUUAUUUAUGCUAUUUAUUUGUAAUUUAUUUAUUGAAAAAUGUAUUUGUUACAAUAAAGAUUUACUGUUUAUUACAUGGAUAUUAAUAAAGAGAAAGCAUUGAA